CACAACCCCAGCCCCAAGCAACUGACGACUCGAGACCGGCUUGCGCUGAUCGCGACAGAUCUCAGUGUCAGGUUAUGGUAUCAUCCAGCAUUGGAAGUGCACCAAGCUACCAAUGCCCACGCCCAACGAGAUUGGCACUCUGCGAGCGCGACCGAAUGGCGAGAGUCUGUUUGUAGGCAGCUCAUCUGGCGUCUUUUUCAUCAAUACCGUUAGGCGUGCAUUUUCUCAAGCUGCUGCAACUACAUAUCAGCGCCAAAGAACGACAAAUGACGCCCAUACAAGUGCCAAUUUUGCCAGCCUACCCUCGCCUGAGGAUUGCAUCAUCGGAUCCGAGACGCAACCGAGCCAGGACUGGCUGAACGCGAGAAGGGCGGCUGCAGAAACAACACCAACUCAACCUGAACGUGAAUCCCGGCGCCGGAGCAAUCUCGAAGAUCUCGGGACGCUUCCAGAUCAUGCGGUUGCUAAAGAGCUCUUGAUCACGUACUUUCGAACAUGGCAUCCUUUACUUCCUUUCCUACAUGGUCCGACCUGUCUAGGCGACUUGGAAGAUGCAUAUGCAGCAGGUCAGCCCAGAAAACCCAAGUCGCUGAGUACCGCGAUCAUCUUUCAAAGUCUGUUCAGCAUUGCCAAGCUCGACAGACCCGAUCUCCCUUCAUUGGGAGCGUCACAAUUCCAGUCCGAGGAACAACUAAUGCUUGCCCUCAGCACAGUAUCACUCAAAUGCGACCUGGCCUCUAUACAAGCACUACUUGCUGCAGAGUUAUACUUCGUCGCAAUUAUGGACGUGCGCGCAGCCUCAAGCGUGGGAGGGUUAGUCCUAAGAUCCAUGUUCAAAUCAGGUCUCCACCGAUGUCCAGUUCGAUACACCCAUUUGACUUCGAGUGACCACGAUAUGAGGAAGCGUAUGUUUUGGAGCGCGUAUUGCUUGGAUCGUUAUGUGAGCCAAACGUUGGGCCACCCUCUUGGCAUUCAAGACUCAGACUUCGACGUUUGUGCGCCAGGAGACAUUGACCUCCACCAGCCAGUGCGAACUGCCAAUGAAGCAGACGAAGGUACCUCUCCAGAAGAGACAGUGUUGCAUUUACCAGCAAAUCACCCGAGUCGACAAUAUGCUUCACCACGGCACGGGCCGACUAGCCCCGAAAACAGUCAAAGAGAACGUUCAGUGCAACCAGACGACCAGGAACGAUCCCCUGCCUGGCCGGUGAAUAACCGAAACGGAACGUCACAGCUACGCCAAGAAAAUCAGGUCGCACAAGCACAGUUUGUAAGAUACUCGAAAUUGAUAGGACGCAUGAUGGAAACGUUCCACAAAUCCAUACAUGUCCGCUUGGCCAGUCGGCAAAACAUUCUUUUUCUCAAAGCCGAUAUUGAUGCUUGGGGCAAUGAUCUAUCGCAGCCCUUGCCUGGCCCCACAGUCGGAGAUCAAGUGCAGCCAGCCUCUCUCAAUCAGGACGUCUUUUUCUGGGUCGCGCGCCAGCAACUGUUACUCCUUGUCAACCGACCCUUGCUUUCUCUCGACCCGGAAUCUGCGGAGUUCCGUUACGCUGCACAGAUUUGCAUUGGGGCAGCAAGAUCGAUAAUCCGAACACUCGAUACACACAUGAUCUCUGGGGGUAAACUGUUCUGGCCAGGAUCGAUACAUAGUGUUUGGAUGAGCGGUCUGGUCAUGGCAUUCACCUGCCAGCUGAAGCUUCAGAGCACUAUCAAUGCCGUCAAUGACAUCACCACUUCGCUCAAGAUCCUUAAGGUCAUGGCAAAAAGAUGGCAAAUGGCUCAAAACUGUCACGAGGUCUUGUCAAUGCUCCUAGACAAUAUCCAGAAUCCAGAGACACCCGAAACCGUUUCUGCUAGAGGUGACCUAGCCGAAUCCAGACACUCACGAUCGACCGACCAAGAAAACGCACGAGGCGAAAAGAGGCAAAGAGAGAAUAACGCAUCUGCUGGUAACAUGCAGCAGAGAAGCAAGUUUCCACGAUAUACGGCGCAGCCGUCGCAUACUUCGUCAGCGACGUCUGUUCCCGAUAAUCCACUGAUGACAACCUCGGGCCAUGGUCUGUAUGAUUCUAACCAGCAUUUUGACCCACGUGCUGGUGCAUACCAAAGCAAUGAUCAGUUCACAGGUGGAGACGUGCUGUCCUCGCAGGGAGGAGGGAACUUAUAUGGAUCUCUGGUCCAUCCUGAACAGACAAUCUACAAUGCAAAUAACUACGCACUUGAAAUCAACCCACAGAACAUCGCGAUGAACGCACCAUACGUACCCACUCCAGGUUUUGGACCGUCCACAUUCUAUGACGUCUUCGAUGGAGCUGCUUGGGGCCCUCUUCUGGAUCUGGUCGAGGACCGCAGAUGAUCGUACACGUUUUGUCUCAUGGCUGACAUGAGCUAUCAUGCGCAUCAGAUUGGUGUAGAACUGUAGAGUCUUGCACUUCUCUUACAACUCAGCGACGUACCAGCACACAAGAUAUCAGC